CACUCUGCGCAUGCGUCAACAUGUCUGCGCCCAUAGCAAGGUGUUAAAGGAGCUGCAUCAUUGUAGAAGAUGUUAAGAAGCAAUUUUUAGAUAUUUUUUAUGAAAAAUAGUGAUUAAAGUUAGUGUUGUUAGGACCACAGGAAUGUAUCCGACGACAGGAACACCCCGACGGUAGCUUUUAGUUUUACCAGCCCUGCAAAGUUAUUGUUUAGUCUGUCAAUGAUCUUCCUAUAUGUUUCCUGGGUUCAACCAAAUCUUAAAUACAAAUUUUCAAAUUAGCUUUUCUCUUUUUCAUAGCAGUAAUGCGGAAUUUAUUUAUUUAAAUCUUGGCAGAUGUUUGGAUGACGGUCCUGAAACCCAAAGUCGGUUAAAAAAAAUAGAAAGUUUAUAAAUUAACCAGCUUUUCUUCUUUUUUUACACCCUUGUUUUGCAUUUUUUUAAUCUAAUACAAUGUCGAUUUUAAUUAAGUAAAGUAGUGCAAUGUUAUAAACCUGGAGUAUAGCAUCAGAAUGUCAUUGCCUCUAUAUUGCAUUAGCAGAUUAGGUGAAAUAUAAAAUGGCUCACAGGAGACUUGUGAGCCAUCUUAGGAGAGGCAGUGAGUGGAUAACCCACUUUCAAAAGCCACAUUUCACUGGCAGCUUUGUGAUCAAGCAGCUCCCUGAUCAAUAUGUCAGAACCCAAAGGCUUCUUCACACUGGGAAACCAGGCAUGAUGAUGAAGCUGCUCUCAGUGGAUGAGCUAUUCGCCAAAAGAUCUCUGCAGGAGCACCUGAAAAAGCUGGAGAAAGAAUAUAAGGAGUGCUUACAGGCUGUCACCUACAGCGCAACAGAAGAUGAGUGCAGCGACGAUGAGAAGAAGGCCAAGAGAACUAAAGUAUCCCAGCUGGCUCCUCUCAUCCAGAGGAUCCAAGAGCUCGACAAGAAGCAGAAAGAGAUGACAGAGACUGAGAUGCUCCUGAAAGAUGAUGACGCAGCCCUGAGAGAACUGGCUGAGCUGGAAAGAGAAAGCUGUUCACAAGAUACUCAGCAUCUCAGACAAAAGGUCCUGGAGCUGCUAAUCCCAGAGGAGGAGGCGGACAUGAGCGACCUGGUCCUGGAGGUCACAGCUGGGGUUGGUGGUCAGGAGGCCAUGCUGUUUACCGCUGAGGUGUUUGAGAUGUAUGAGGGCUUCGCUCAGUACCACGGCUGGUCCUUCGACACACUGGAGAGGACGUCCAGUGAUUUAGGCGGACUACGCCACGCAUCAGCCAGCAUCAGCGGCCCUCAGAGCUACAAAAAGAUGAAGUUUGAGGCUGGAGUUCAUCGGGUUCAGAGGGUUCCCAAGACUGAAAGACAGGGAAGGAUGCACACCAGCACCAUGACUGUAGCUGUUCUGCCCCAACCUACUGAGAUUUCUUUCACAAUAAACCCAAAGGAUCUGAGGAUUGAGACAAAAAGAGCGAGUGGAGCUGGCGGUCAACAUGUCAAUACAACAGACAGCGCAGUGAGAAUAGUCCACCUUCCAACAGGUGUGGUUGCAGAGUGCCAACAGGAGCGCUCGCAGCUAAAGAACAGGGAGAAGGCCAUGAAAGCUCUUAGAGCAAAGCUAUACAGCAUGAAGCUGGAGGAGGAGACCAGCAAGCGUCACAACCAGCGCAAAGUCCAAAUCGGCACCAGAGGCAGAUCGGAAAAGAUUCGGACCUACAACUACGCCCAGGACCGAAUAACGGACCACCGCAUUAGCAUGACAGUGCACGACGUCAAGAGCUUCCUAUUGGGGGAGGAGCUGUUGAACGAGAUGAACUCCUCGCUGCAGGAAUUCUCCAAUCAGGAGACUUUAAUAGAGCUGCUGGAAGAGAGCCAUCCGGAGGAGCUGUGACUUUUGCCCCAAUGGGGAGGAAACAUUUGAAUGCAGCGCUGAUAUUGUUCAACUGUACGAUUUGAAUUCUCAUUAAUAUUUGCCAUGUUGCAUUGAACUGAGGUGCUUUUUACAAACGGAAAGACCGUGGAACUUGACUACAUGGAUUUGUGACAAUAAAAAGUUUUUCUUUUCUUUU